AACACAGCAUCCCGGAUGUUUUCGUGUGGAUGAUGAGCAACCAUAAACGUAUCGCGUACGCCCGCGUCCCAUCCAAAGACAUCCUCUACUCGGUGGUGGAUGAGGAGACGGGAAAAGACUGCGGGAAAGUCAAAGCUGUCUUUCUCAAGCUGCCUGGGAAAAAGGGUUUCGGCCCAGCCGGUUGGACCGUUCAGGCUAAGCUGGAGUUGUACCUGUGGCUCGGUCUCAAUAAGCAAAGGAAAGAAUUCACGAGUGGUCUGCCCAACGGUUUUGAGGAGGUCAAAGCUGCUAAAACGGCUCCUUCUCUUCACUCUGUGCCCCCUGUCAGCCUCGUGUAUAACAUGAAACAGGUCUUCCAGCUGAGAGCGCACAUGUACCAAGCGCGAAGCCUGUUCGCCGCCGACAGCAGCGGCCUCUCCGACCCUUUCGCCAGAGUCUUUUUCUCCACACAUAGUCAGGUCACCGAGGUUCUGAGCGAGACCCUGUGUCCCACUUGGGACCAGCUGCUGGUUUUCGACAACGUGGAGCUCUUUGGGGAAGCCGGCGAGCUCAGAGACGACCCCCCGAUCAUUGUGGUGGAAAUUUACGACCAAGACACAGUGGUAGGAUUGACGCUCGGUUACAUCAGAGAGGAAGAAACAUUUGACUCUUUGUUCUCAUGAAAGUCUUUUGCCUCC